CGGUUCGCCUGGUUCCCGGCGACUUUCACGGAACAUAUCCGUUCGACUUUCUCCUUUCGUAGCUGUCUUUACGAUGAACAUGAUCAAAGCCAUUUUAAGGCUGCUGUUCUUUGCUCUGGCGAUUCAGUUUGGAUCAGCUAAGAUUGUGGACUUUCGUCUGGACUUUGGAGCGAUUCCCUUUGACGAAUCAUUCGAAAUCUGCCAGUUCAAUUCGGCCUUGUUAUCGCGCGUUCUGAAACACAACGUGUCCGGGAAUACUCUGGUGAUACCAGAAGGGUACACCUUUCACGUACACCACGGUAUCAUCACAAAUGGCCUUCAUGAUGCUGUUAUUCAGCUCGACGGAGUCCUUCGUUUUGAACGGGCCGAUUUGGCCAUCGACGAGGGCCCGCCGCCGUUUCCGAGUUGUCUACAAAUAGACAAUUCCAGCAACAUUACCAUUACCAGCAAGUCCAGUUCCGGGCGUGGCUUGAUUGAUGGCCGCGGACCGCAGUACUGGGGUGUUCCCAUGAUCGGCUACAUACAGCUUGGCGAAAAUCGACCCCGUUUGCUCUUAUUUAAUCGAACAAAGAAUCUGUUGAUUGAACGAAUCAUUCUUCAGGACUCGCCGUAUCAUACCCUGUAUUUAGAAGGAGCUGACGGAGUUGUUAUCCGUGAUAUCAGUAUUGUUGCGCGACGGACGACAAUGGAUGGGCACAAUUGGGUGGACUUGACUGCGUUCAAUACAGACGGGAUUGACGUGUCUGGCCACAAUGUGCACGUUCACGACGUUGACAUCUGGGUACAGGACGAUUGUAUAUCCGUCAAAGACAACUUCUUUGACGGUCAUCGCUCAACCAAUAUGACUUUUGAACGUUUAAACGCGACUGGACUGGGUUUUGUAAUAGGAUCGAUUUUGGGAUCAACUGUUAGCAACAUUACCUUCAAGGACAGCUACCUGCACCGUCCGGUUAAGGGCAUUUACAUGAAGUUUGCCCGUCCCAAUGCUUGGUGGGUUAAACGUAAUCUGACCCGCGGGGUCGUGGAAAACAUUGUGUACCAAAACAUAACUAUGGAAUCUCCGAGCCAGUGGCCUAUUUGGAUCGGCCCAGCGCAACAGGCUGACGCAAGCAAUCCCUGUCAUCCCAACCCUUGCAGCCUCUGUUGGCCCAUGUCACCAACAGCCAAAUGCCACAUUGUACAGGAAAGCACGUAUCGGAAUAUCACGUUGAUAGAUAUCCAAAUCAACAAUCCCAAAAUGUCGCCUGGGGUCUUGCUAGGACACGAAGACAAUAAAAUUGAUGGGAUUGUGUUCGACAACGUGCGUGUUACCAAAGGUCGACCCUUGCCCAUGUCCCGUUACAAGCGUGAAAAUACGUUUCCUGGAACUUUGCAACCGAUCCACGAUCCGUACGUACCUGGGAUCGUAACUACCAAUGAUCUGGUUGCGACGAAACGUCGCGAGUUGUCCACCGGUUCAGACUUGGUCUGGCCAGGCUCCAUGAUGCCUUCCAAUGACGAAGUGAACGAAUCAAACGGCUUUUUCUCAAAAUGGAAUCCGUUUUGGAAACCCAAAUGGCAAAAGACCAAUCGGUAUUACGCUUGUGAAGGGGUCUCUCGCGGAAUUGUAAGAGGCAAAUCCUGGCCAGUGCCAUAUUGCUUCGAAAAGGAAAGGCCUUCUUGGUCGGAAAGCAUUCUCGUAGUCCUCCGAUCUACUGGCGACCGCAGCAUUGUUCUUCUCCUGGCGAUUACCUUACUGGCGCUUUUCUAUUGCUUCGCAAUGUAGAGCACAUAUUUUCCUUCACAGAAGGCAGCUGCUGUUUGCGGUGUUUACGAUUUAUAUUUUUAUAAAGUGUAUGAUAUUCACGUGGU